GGUCGCUUCGCAAAAUCAUGUUUGAAAGCCAAGUUGAAGAUUGACAACUAAUUUUUUUUUUUAAUACAAAGAUGGCACAAAGUCCAGAACAAAGUGCCGAAAUGGAACUUACGAUACAAGAUACUGAAACUUCAAAUGAUCCGGACACCAAAGGAUUCAGUUUAUCAGCUGGAAAUAUCUGGAUAUAUCCGGAAAAUUAUCCAGUUCGCCAAUACCAGUAUAAUAUAGUUCUCAGUUUAUACAAAAAUACCUUGGUUUGUUUGCCUACUGGUUUGGGAAAGACUUUUAUCGCUGCUGUUGUGAUGUACAAUUUCUGGAGAUGGUAUCCAUUUGGAAAGAUUGUGUUUUUAGCACCGACAAAACCUCUUGUUGCUCAACAAAUUGAUGCAUGUUACGAAAUAAUGGGUAUUCCAAGUGUUGAAAUGAUAGAACUUACAGGCGCAGUUAAUCAAAAAAAUCGUGAAAUGGCUUGGUGCAAGAAAAGAAUAAUAUUUGCCACUCCACAAAUAUUUCAUAACGAUCUUGAGAGAUCAGUUGUUCCCAGUCAUUUAGUUAAAUGCAUUGUUAUAGAUGAAGCUCAUAAAGCUUUAGGCAAACAUUCAUACUGUGAGUGUAUCAGGAUAUUAUCCACUAAGAGUCAGUGUUUUAGGAUAUUAGCACUUUCUGCUACACCUGGAAAUAAAAUGGAUAAUGUUCAUGAAGUAAUACAAAAUUUACAUAUUUCCCGUUUGGAAUUAAGAGAUGAGACUUCAAUUGACAUAGUGCCAUAUGUUAAUAAAAGAAAAGUAGAUAUUAUUUUGGUACCACUUAGCCAUGAAUUAGCUACAUUCAAAGACAAAUAUAUUGUUAUUAUGGAUCGCCAUGUUAAAUUUCUUAUGCAAUGUAAUAUAUUACAAGCUCAGACUGCAAAUAUAUCUAAAGGAAGGAUAUUUCAUUUAUUAAAUGAAUUUAAAAAAAAGACAGACAAAUCUGGAAAUUAUGGACAAAUUAUGAAGACAUUAAAUAUAUUAUUAACUAUGUAUCAUGCUUAUGAACUUAUGAUCAGACAUGGAUUGCGUGCCUUUUGUAAAUUUUAUGAAACUCAUUCUGAUAAGUUUUGGAUACAUAAUGAAAAUCAAUUGCAAAGUUUACUUCAUGAUAUACAAACUUAUCUCGGACCAUUCCCGGAUAUACUUCCUAAUGGACAUGUAAAUGAGAUACCAGUAAAUCUUGUAUUUGGACAUAAUAAAUUUUACAAAUUAAAAGAAUUGCUUGAGCAUCAUUUUAAAAGCAAUAACGGUGAUCAAAGAGACACAAGAGCUAUAGUUUUUGUUGAAUACAGAGACAUAGUCAAUGAAGUUUAUAUUUUACUCUUGAAAUCAAAACCAGUAAUCAGACCACAGAUGUUUGUUGGUCAAGCUGGUCAGAAACAGAAGCAACAAAUAAAAGCAUUGGAGGAUUUUCGAAGCAAUCAUGUCAAUGUGUUGAUUUCAACAAGUAUAGGUGAGGAAGGAUUGGACGUAGGAGAAGUAGACCUCAUAAUAUGUUUUGAUGUAUCACAACAUUCUCCAAUAAGAUUAGUUCAAAGAAUGGGUAGAACGGGACGUAAACGAGAUGGUCAUAUAAUUAUUCUUGUUACAGAUGGAAAGGAACACGAGAAUUUGAAGUCCACACUUUCUAAGAGAGACUCUUUGAACAAUAAAAUAUUAAACACAAGCAACAUUGUCUCUUCCUUAUAUGAGAAUAAUCCUAGAAUGAUACCAAGUCAAUUUACUCCAAAAUGUUACAAGAUGCAUAUUACUGCACCUCCAAAGACGCCAAAUGUAAAGAAUAAAAGGAAAAGGAAAGGAAAUGAGAAAAAGGAAAUCAAAAAGAAGAAUGAAGCAUUUUGCACAAAACAGAAAGAAACCUCAGCUAUAAAAAAAGAUACAAAUCAAUCAUCAAUGAUGAAGUUUCUUAUGAAUAAAUGCAAUGAACAGAAUCAAAAUAAUAUAUGUAAUAAUCUUACUCAACCAACACAAAGUAAUAAACUGCAUAAUACAAUAAAUCCUAAUAAUGUCAAACUGCUAUCUGAUGAUAACGCAGGAGUCGAUUUUCUGACAUUAUGUGCAGUAAAAAUGUCAGAAGAAGAAAUCUCAUCAGAGAAGACUGUAUGUAAAAUGGAUACAACUUACAUUCCUGCGCCAAAGCCAGUUAAAGAUUUAUUCAAUUUUAUAUUGCCUAACAUAGAAGUUAUUAAUUGUUUAUCUUCCUUUAUGAGAGUUAAAGAUAUUUCAUUAGCAGAAGAUAAAGAAAAUGAUUUGUCAAUGCAAUGUAAAAAUAAUGAAGAUGAAACUAUUCAUAACAAUGAUUGCAUUGAUAUUAUAGAUGAUAAUAAUGAUUGCAUUGAUAUAAAUGAUAAUAAUUUUUGGUGUACUGUUCAAAAUGAGAAAAACAUUGAUGACAACGAAAUAAGAUUUGAAGACAUACUUGAUGAAAGUUCUGACUCGGAUAAAACAACAAUUUCACAUAUAAAUCAACAAGUUAGAGAUGUUAAAUUAAAUUCGAUUAAUACUGAAGCUUCUGUAUCUAAUACGAAAGAUAAUGACAAAAUUACUGAUAUAGGAACAGAUGUACCAAAUAACACAACAGAUUUAGAAUCUAGUUUAUUUGAAAACAUAUUAGAUGAGUCAUUUAGUUCAAUUGAAGAUGACUUAGAAAAUCAGGAAAUACCACGACAAAAUAUAAUAUCUUCAAACUUUCCAAAUGUUUCUGUUAAUGAAAAUAUUAAUAUUACUAGUGAAAAUAUUGUUACCACCUUUGAUGAGAAAAAUAAUGUUACUAAAUCUAAUUCAAAUUCAUCAUUAUUUAAAUUACCUGCUAAAUCUAAUCAAAUGAAUAAAUUUAUAAAAAGUUUCACAGACGAAAUGCAAGAUUUGGUUUUUGAUAGUGAUGAUGAUAUAAAUGAUUUUGUUAGGCAUAAAUCUAAUAUAGAUAAAUCCAUGCACAAUUCGAAAACGGACGAAAGUCUGUUAUCUAUAACUCAAGCUAUUGAUGUAAUAGCAGGAAUAAAAAAAGAUUCGAAAAUAUCGCCGAAACCUUCUAUAUGUAACGAGGAAUCAAUUGACGAGAGUGCUGGUUGGAUUUCUGUGAAUACUAAAAAUGACACUAAAAUCGAAAAGAGAAACACGAGUCCUAGAAUAGGAAACAAGUUAUCAAAUCUUUGCAAUUCUACUCCAAAAUCCUGUACUGUAAAACAGAAUUUCGAUUUCUUGGAUGAUUCCGAUGAAGACUUCAUGAUCAUAGAGAGUAACAGAAAGAAAUUUAAUGAGCUUGAAAGCUGUUAUUUUCGCGAUACGUCAAAAAAUUGUGAAGAUAAAAAUAGUUGUUUGCCUAGUACAUCGAAAAAUUCAGAAAGUGACUACUUUCAUACCACAUCGAAACACUUGGAAUCCACAAGCUGCUAUGAUAAUAGAUUGACAAAUAUGGAGCCGCAUACAUCAACGUUGAUUAAUAACAAACGUGCGACAUUGUCUUUGAAACGAAAUAAGAUCCAACAUCCGGACAAGAUAGACUUGAGUUUAUUUAAAGCACCUAGUAGAUACAUGAAUAGUAAAAAAGAUAAUAGUAUUUUGGAAUCUAGUUCGUCAAAACAAAUAUUCCCUUCGGAUAAAACGAUCGAACAGAAAAUGAAGCGUGAACGCAAACAUAGAAACAAUGUUAAAAACGAGUUUAUAGAUGACGAAGCGGAAGUAGAUUCUGACGUCAGUUCAGAUGAAACCAUUGUUAUAGAUGAAGAUGAUCUUGCAGAUUUCGUGAGCUAUACACAACAUCAAGAUACUGUUGACAUGCAUGCGCAUUAUUUGCAAACUAUUAAGAGUCCGAUCAAGCGACCAGGUGCCUUUCAUUUCAGAAAACCACCAUCGCCUGAUUUAGAUAGAGAACUCUAUUCGCAACCUUUGUCACAAGUGGAAGAUUCGUAUCUUUAUGAUUCAUUUUGCGUUAAAGAAGAUGUCGAGUCGAGCGUACUUGCCGAUAACGAUACGAUAUUAGAAAGAGCUGAAAGGAAAUUAGAACGAAACAGGCGAAAACAUUCCUGUUCAGAUAAGAAAACAAGAAAUGUCAAAAGACAAAGGACAGAUAAUUCCGAGAGUAGUGAAGACGAGAUCGAACAACUGCGCAUACAAGUGCAAAAUGAUUAAUUAAAAGGAGGAACAGAAAUCGAAUCAAACGGUGAUGUAUAAUAGCUAUAAGAAAUUUAUUUUUAGAUGUACAAAUCAUGUGUAAAUACACUCGUUAAAGAUUCAUUAUUAUUUUUUUUAUAACGAUGUUUUCGUAUAACAUUGUGUAUAGAGAUCUAUCUUUACAAUCGGAUAACAAUGAUUUAUGAAUGAUAGUAUAUCUUCAUCAAUUUUUUUGAGACGCGUAAUUUCUCGAUUUAUCCAAAACUCGUGUUUUUUUUCAUUACUUACUCUAAUGACAUUUUGUCGUCAUUUUUUCAACGAAAUAUUUUCGUAGUUUAUAUCCACUUGUACCUAUAUAUCAAAGCUUUCGUAAAAAGAUAUAAUUUCUUAUGUAUAUGUUUACUCAUGAUAAAAUGAUGGAUUUAUAGAUAAUAUGUCUGUUAGCUUACUGUAAUUGAUUAUUUUUAAUAGUAACAGGCAAGUUCUGAAUAAGAUAAUUAAAACAUUGUAAUACGAAAAUUAUACAAAUAUGAUUGUUUAUUUAUUUAUAUAGCUUUUUUAUAUGUGAAUAUCAUAUCAAAAUCAUUGUCAAAAAUAUUAGACAAAUGUACAGUAAUACAGGAUAUAUAGCAAGCUAUUCCUUCGAAUGAUAAAUGCGGAAUGCGAAACGAUUUUUUUCAAUAAAGGAUAAGGGAUAAAAACUAUUCAGGACAAUCAUAGGACAGUCAUAGGACAGUCAUAGGACAGUCAGAUAAGAUACCAGAUAGUCAAAAGAAUAAUGCAUCGGGCAUAUAUAUAUAAGGACUGAAUGCAGACAUCUUGUGUCAGUUUCAAAUUCUUACUGAGUGAAAUAACUUCAUUUUUCGAGAUUAUUGAAAAAAAACAAUAUUGUAUAAUAACGCAAGAGCAACAAGUUAUUUUCUACAAGAUUAAUAAUUAAAUAAAUAAAUUUAAAAUAGU